AUGAAAUAUAGAGCAUUUAAAACUUCCUUAAAAUAACAGUUACUUCUAUGCUUCUCAUAAAUUCCCUUGAUUGAACCUUAAAGUAAAUUCAAAUUGUUAUGGGAUUUGAUAUUGAGUGCAUUGAGAAUGUACAUGAUAAUAUGGAUGCCUAUAGUAAUUACAUUCCAUUCUAAAGAUCUUGAAUAAUAUCACAGUCUUUUUAUCUUUUUAACCUGCCUAUUUUUUAUUCUAGACAUUAUCCUAAGAGCAUUCACAAUAUGCUACGACAAGGGACUUCCUCUGAAGGACAGAUUCGAACUAGUGAAAAGGUAAUUCACAUUAUCAACUGGGUUGGAAUUGUUUACUAUAUUAUAUGGGAUCAUUCUUACCUUCUCCUUUUUAUCAGAAAUAGAAAGUCCAUACAUACUGGAAGAGGAUGGAUGGCCUAGAAUUCUACUUUUACUCUUCUAUUAAUAAAUAAUGAAUAUUCUACAGUUUUUUGAUACAAUUUAGCAUCAACUAAAAUUGAGUAAGCUGAGUAAUUCUUUUAUAGAAUUGCUUAAAUUGGUGUUCUUGAUUUUAUUAAUACAACAUUUUUGUUGUUGUCUUUGGGUAGUGAUAGGAGAGUAUAAGUAAAGGUAAGACACAAUCAAUUGGCUUAAACGAGUGGAAGGAGAGCCUUGGUAAAAUGUGUAUUUGGAAUCAUUUUAUUUUAUGAGUGUUACUAUGUUCACAGUAGGGUAUGGAGAGAUAGUGCCAACAAACCCUAUUGAGAAGAUAUUUUGUAUCUGUUAUAUGUUUCUAUCAACAAUGCAGUUAUCAUUUUCUGUGAAUACAAUAGGAACUAUAUUGACUUAAAUCAAAGAGAACAAUGAGAAGAUCAGAUAAAAAAUGACUUGUAUUAAUGAAUAUAUGAGAGAAAAAUAAAUUAGUCAAGGUUUGCAAUAUAAAGUGAGAGAAUAUUUUAAUUUUUAUUGGGAAUAGGAAAAUCAUAUAAAAAAAAAAUGA